AUGCUCAGCCGUAUUCUCGAGCUUUACAGCGAUCUAACGUCCCCGAUGAAUGAGUUACGACGUGGGCUGUUCCAGUUGGGCAAAGUGCUGAACUUCUUCCCGGUCGGCGACGAGCGCGAGUGUCGACCCGAAGGCAACACCUUGGCGAAGGCAGGCAUCUGCCUCAACCCCUACGACUGCAGGCAGCGAGACGGAAAGGCGUCGGGAGACUGCGCACAUGGCCUCGGCGUAUGCUGCGUCUUCGAAGUUACCUGCGGCGCCACAGUGCAGAACAACAUCAGCUACUUCAUGUCGCCCGGCUUCCCUGAGCUGUGGCACGGCGAACGCGACUGCGACGUCCUCGUGGAGAAGACCCACGCCGGCGUCACCCAGCUGAGGAUAGAUUUCGUCCACUUCACCAUAGGCCAACCGAACAGGACGACAGGAGAGUGUGACGAGGACGCAAUGACGGUCGGCGAAGGUGCCAACAACUUCACAGUUUGCGGCCUCAACCACGGACAGCACAGAGAGUGUGACGAGGACGCAAUGACGGUCGGCGAAGGUGCCAACAACUUCACAGUUUGCGGCCUCAACCACGGACAGCACAUGUUCUACGACCUGCCAACCGGCAGCCAGAGGCGUGACGACGAACUGCCAUCGGGGCUGCCCACGCGGCUGAGGGUGCGCACGCGGGGGGGCGACACAGCGCGUCUGUGGAUGCUGCGACUGACGCAGCUGCCACUCGCGCAAGCAGCACCUCAUGACUGCCUCCAGAACUACGAAGGCGUUAACGGCACCAUCAAGACUUUCAACUACGCUGUGAACGGCCGCCACUUGGCGUCCCACCGUUAUCGUGCGUGCAUCCGCCAAGAGCCCGGCUUCUGCGCAAUCCGAUACUGGCCCUGCGACGCCGGCUCCUUUCGAAUCGGGCCCCCGGCCGAUGUGCCCGCCCUCAUGGAUCCUGCAGCUAUGCCUCCGACGCAAGAGACGACUCCAAGCGCCGUGCAGACCCAGGAGGACAUGGUCGAAGGCUCCGGAGAUGAGCCCCAGAGUGCCACAUCAUCAUCUACACCCACCGCUCCUCUAGCUACCAGAAUCUGGAGGUUCAUGUGGCCGUCUUGGAUGUGGGGUCAGAGGCGGGCUCGGACCCUGACCCGCUGGUCGCCAUACGUGCAGCACGGCGUAGGCGACGUGCUACGCUACUACGGCUACGGCGACUACGCCGGGCGGCCACGCUGCUACGAUCGUAUCACCAUCCCGUGCGACGACGAGUACCUGUUGAUGCCGUCGCUGUCGGCGGGCGUGUGCGAGCCGCACCGCUGCGGCGGCUCGUUCUGCCCGGGCGUGCCGCCCGCCCACUGCCGCGUGGACUCGUCGGUGCGUCCGUUCGCGGUGUCGGUGCGCUUCGGGCCGCCCGUGCGCAAGGGCAGCGCGGACGACAACAUCGGCGCGUGCCUCAGGUACGCCCAGCUGCCGUGCGGCUCG